AUGUCUUUGGACUACCAGAGAGUCCGACGCUAUGUGCACAACAGCUCCUCUUUCAAACAAAAAAAUGCCAAGCUCGAUCUGCGCCUAAAAGCGAAGUCAAAGAAGGCUAGUAGGGAUGUAGGUGUGGAAUCGCCCGAAUUUCAACUAUUGGUCCGGCUAUAUGUGCCAUCAAACCUGUUGAUCACAAACAAUAAAGUCGACCUUAAGGAGUUGAUGCAAUAUCUUCCAGUGAUUGUGAAUGAUACUUUGCCAGAGCUCAACUUUGAAAUCCAUAUAUUUCUAAGCUGCAUAGUCUCCAAGUUCGUGCUGUCGUGGUAUGAACUGAAACUCAAUACAAAUGACCCAGCCUUCAUCGAUUCGGUUUAUUCAGUGCUCUGUGAUUUCGUUCGUGAGUUUAGUGCUCGUGUGCUGAGAGUUGUUGAAGGACCGCUUCUACUACACGCCAUCAAUGACGCUGGAAAUAUAAUUUCUGAGCACCUUCAAGACAUCAGAGUGAAAAAUGGCCAUCCCCAGUUUUACCAUGAUCAUAUUGAAAAAGCACAGGCUCUCGUGUCCGCAGAUAAUUAUCAAUCAAUUGAACAGCAGUACUUGGCUGCAAAGCAUGUUGUCUUUGAGUCCUACAAAUCCGAGAGUGACACUACGAGUAACAAUACCUCCUUGUACUCGCGAAUAUUGUUCAAGAAUAUACUCAGGAUAACGUUUGAGAAAGAUCGCGCUCUGGAUCUUUCACCUAUUGCCACAGAAUUUGUGGGAGUACUAUUGGCCGAUUUGGUGCUUAAGAAAAUCAUUGUCCUCCUUCUGAAACCAGAGUUUAUUUUGACUAAAGUAAUAGCAAAGUCAGUCAAUGUCUUGGAUGGAAAUGCAAACCGUGGAAACCGUGGACCAGAAAAACUCCCAUUGAUGUAUAAACUUGAGCUGAGUGUUCUUAAAGCUCUUGCAAUUCUCCAGUGCCUCAUUGGUUUCUUAAGGGAGAAAGCGUUAAAUUCUAGUUUUCCUUCAAUGGAAUCGUACUUCCUUAUACCCCUUCUUGACUCCAUCUUCAAUCUAAGACAACGAAGACCCAUAGCUCUAAAUUUUGGUGCUGUGAUUACAGCAGUGUUUUGUUAUAUAUUUGGUCUCAAGGAAAAACUUGAAUUCGCGUUGGGAUCUCUUUUGCUAAGAAAAAUUUGGCAAUCAUCUGUCCUAGAAGAUUCUUCCUUGGCUGGCCAUGUGAAGAACCUUCGGGGAGCAAUUUUUGAGAGGGCGCAGGAACCCAAAAUUGAGCUGAAAACUCCGGGAGAUGAGCUUUUAGAGAAAGUACGGGACGAUGUCUUGUCCAUGUAUCGACGCAAAAUUGAUACCAACCUGCUCUUUGGCGCCUUUUGCAAGUGGGUCUCAGAGGAUAACAUGAGUGAGUCUGAGUUGAGUGAAGCAAUUGAAAAUUUUCUUUCGUCAUUCAACAAUUUUACUGUCGAAGAUUUUCAUGAAACCAGCGAACUCAACAAGCUUCUAGUGAUUACGCUACUAGAUUGCAUUGUGAAGUAUCUAUACCCUGAGAUGGUGCAAUGA